AUGCGCUCCGGAGACGCGUCCAUUGUGCACAUGGCGGCUGACAAAGUUGCCAUCCUCACGGACGACGAGGACGAGCAGAAUCGCCGCUAUGUCCUGGAGCGCUCCUUCAACUCUGCCACGCUGCAGACUCACUCCUCCCCCACAUCCCCGUCACCGCCCCCUCCCCUGCCCCUGGCCCCGCCCCCUCAGCCCGACCCGGUGGGCUGCUGCGGGAGGCUGCUGCUGCGCGUCAACACUCGCCUCCUGGUCUCCAAAGUCUUCUACUUGUUCUUCUACGCGGCGUACGGCUCGCUGCAUCCGUUACUCGCCGUCUACUACAAGCAGCUGGGAAUGACGGCCAGCCGCAGCGGAAUGCUGGUGGGAAUCCGGUACUUCAUAGAGUUCUGCAGCGCCCCCUUCUGGGGAGUGGUGGCCGACCGCUUCAAGAAGGGUAAAGUAGUGCUGCUGUUUUCGGUCUUCUGCUGGCUCACUUUUAACUGUGGCAUUGGCUUCGUGAAACCGGCGGAGAUGACAUGUGAGGAGACUCUAUUACCCAGAACAACGACCACCACCACCACCAGCGUUGCCGCCACGACUUUUAUUCUGUCUUCUACCUUGUUACCUGUUACUACUUUCCUUCCAAUAAAUACCACCACUUUGCUUAGAAACUCGACUGGGGUAAACAGUAACAGCACUUCUACACUGGAGCGUAGAAAAAUGCGCGCUCUCCCAGUCACAGCACCUUCCCUAAUGAGUCUGACCCCUCUCAAAAUCACCGAAGCUCCUGCCACCAUCCCUGUGGCUCCUCCCACUCUCACCGAGGCUGCUCCCGCCAUCCCAGAAGCUAAUCCCACUCUCACAGAGGCCCCUCCAACCACCACAAAAGCAACAACUAUCCCCACCGUGGCUCCUCCCAUUCCUGAGACUCCUCCCACUGUCACAGAGGCCCCUCCAACCACCACAGAGGCAACUACUAACCCCACCGUGGCUCCUCCCAUUCCCGCCGUGCCGCCUCCCAUUCCCACCCUUGCUCCUCGCAUCCUCACCGUGGCUCCGCCCACUAUCACCGGGGUGCCCCAAGACCUCGCUCCCAAUUCCACCGGCGCCCCCGUCACCACACAGGUCUUCACCAACUCCUCCACCCCCAGCCCGACCAACCACACCCAGCCUCCGCCUCCCCCCUCCCCCACCCCCACCUCUGAGCACGAGUACCACAUCUUGUACAACCCGGACCAGGUGGAGGCCAUCUUUCUCCUCAUCCUGCUCGUGGUCAUCGUCGGCGAGUUCUUCAGCGCGCCCGCCAUCACCAUCGUGGACACAGUGACGCUGCAGAUCCUGGGGCGCGCUCGGGACCGCUACGGCCUCCAGCGCAUGUGGGGGUCCCUGGGGUGGGGGCUGGCCAUGCUGCUGGUGGGCAUCGGCAUCGACCACACGCACGUCUCCGUGGCGAUCGAGGGCCUGGGCUGCGUGGUGCCCGAUUUCCGGCGCCACGACUACCGCAUCGCCUUCAUCGUGUUCGGCGUGCUGAUGGGCGUGGCGCUCGCCGUGGCCACGCAGUUCCACUUCGAGGAGGGGGAGGGGUACAUAUCCGAGGGGGCGGAGGAGGGGGGGGUGGUGGAGCAGGAGCGGGAGAACGGCCCGGGACAGCCGCAGUCGCCUCCGCCUCCCCCGCCCUCGGACCACGGUGGCGCGCCUGAGCAAGAGUUCCAUUUCACCAGCCUCCUGAAGCUUCUGUGCAGCGUGCGCUACGGCUCCGUGCUGUUCGUGGCCUGGUUCAUGGGCUUCGGCUACGGCUUCGUCUUCACCUUCCUCUUCUGGCACCUGGAGGACCUGAAGGGAACCACCACCCUGUUCGGCGUCUGCUCGGUGCUCAGUCACGUCUCCGAGCUCGCCGCCUACUUCACCAGCCACAAACUCAUCGAGAUGGUGGGACACGUCAGGGUCCUGUACAUCGGUCUGGCCUGUAACACGGCUCGGUAUUUGUACAUCUCCUACAUCACCAACGCCUGGGCUGUGCUGCCCAUGGAGAUCCUGCAAGGAGUGACCCACGCCUCAGUCUGGGCCGCCUGUAUCUCCUUCCUGAGUGCCGCGGUCCCCCCCGCCCUCCGCACCUCUGCGCAGGGUAUCCUCCAGGGGCUGCACCUGGGCCUGGGCCGCGGCUGUGGGGCCAUGAUCGGGGGAGUCUUUGUCGGAUACUUCGGAGCGGCUAACACAUUCCGGGGCAUCGGCAUGGCCUCCCUCGUCAUCCUCCUCCUGUUCGCCUUCAUCCAGUCUGUGACCAGCAAGAGCCAAGACAAAGAGAGCCAGAUGCUUGCAGAGAACAUCCCAGUGCCCUCCAGCCCAGUGCCCAUUGCCACCAUCGACCUGGUCCAGAGCACCAGCUCCGCGGGCAGUCUGACCCCCUCUGUCCCUCUGAGGAAGACCAAGCACCAGGAGGAGCAGGAGGACCGCUGCCGCCCGGCCUGGGUGCUGGCAGGAGCCCCCUGGGUCACCAUCGCCUUUGCUGUUCUGCAGAUCAAAGAAGUGCUGAGGCCAGGAGCCACGGAGCCCUCAGAGAGCCAGCCGCUGCAGCAGGCGUCUAAGGAGUCGGACUCGCAGCCCGACCCUGAGCAGAACGGGAACACCUCUGGACAAAUGAGCACGCAGCAGCCCUCGCCCUCCACCAAUGAGACCGACUUGGAGCAGGAAGUGGCACAGGAUAACCCCACCUUCCAACCAGACUAG